GAUCCUUCAAGUAAUGAUGAGCCUUUAUCUACAUCUACAACAAUUGAUGUAUUCAAUGAAAUCUCUUUAGUUCUAGAUGAACGUUAUCCAACCUUAAAAAGUUGUCUCUUUUCAUCUUCUUAUCUAUUAAUUAAUAUUUGGUUCACUUUGGGUUUAUUUCGUUUCUCUUUUUAUUUAAAUCAUUUUGUUAAACAUAUCAGUAGUAUGUUUAACAAUAAUGAAAUAAUGAAAAUUCAUUUAUUAACAGCAUCAUCUGGUUUCUUUAUGUGUGGUUUCUUUAUAGCUCCGUUAACUGGUACUAUAAUUGAUUAUUUUUUAAGAAAUUCCCGUAAAAAAAUUCAGAUUAUCCUAAUUCAUCAUCAAAAUAAUAAUAAUCAAGUUGAUUAUUCUACUAGUAAUAUGAUUUAUUAUACUCUAGUCAAUGGAUUGGUACCAUCAUUAAGUUUAAUGGCAAUAUUUGCUAUACUAUUAAGUAUAAUGAUGUUUAUUCCACAUUAUAUAGCAUGUUAUGCUGGUUUCUUAUUUCUUGUUGUUAUACGAUCAUUAUUGUUUAGUUCAUUUAUUAGUUUUCUAUUAUCUGUUUUCCCUAUACGAUAUUUUGGUACAUUGAAUGGUAUCUCUAGUACUAUAGCUGGACUAUUCAGUUUAAUUCAAUAUGCAUUUUUAACUACAUCACCAUUUAUGGAUAAUAUUAUCACAUUGGCUAUAUCAUUGAGUAUAUCCAUUACACCGAUCAUAUUCUUCAUUCAAUAUAAGAAAGAGAAGUAA